AUGCCAAUACCCCAUCGAGUAUCGCUGAAUCAUCGCAUUCAUGAUACAGUCCCAUCGUCCGCGGUUCUCUUCGCUUCAUCUCCCGAUCCCUUGUACGACAUCCAAUGCCAUGAUGAUGUGCAGGCUCCCGGGGCAAAGUCCACCGCAACCCAUGAUCACGAGCACCCUCCCCCACACGCCCACCCUGUCCAGGUCGCCGCUGCCCACCUGACCACCUUCGCAAGUUCGAAUACGGUGAAGUUCCUCGGUACUCCCCGCGGCUGCUGUGAUCAGCGGUUCAUUCGAUCAGGCUCCAACGAUAUCAAGAACGAAGUGGAAGACGAGAAUAAGGCGAUGAUCUCGACCCGAGAAUACCGGGCUAGAGUUGAACAUGGUCUGCCAAUAAUAGACGAAGGACCGUUGUUCUAG